GAGUAUGAAAGCCGGAGUGUCUGAUCCAGAAUAAAAAUUUAAAUAAAAAAUGGAAGAGAAGUAUGCCAUAGCAGCCAAGGCGUUGUGGGCAAUCGCUGUGCUUGGGUUGGGCAGAUUGCUUCUGCGUUUGCUUGAGGCGGUGUGGCUGAAGCCAAGAAGGGUGAGGUUAGAGCUGGCAGCGCAGGGGAUCACAGGCCCCCCUCCUUAUUUUCUCCUAGGCAAUAUUCCCCAACUCAAGUCCAUCCUCUCUUCUUCUUCUUCAACACAAGCAGCAGCAGCAGCAACAGAAGGUGAUGAUAAUGGAGGAAAUGCCCAGAUGCAGCAUGCUCCAGUUUCUGCCCUUUUCCCAUUCCUCCACCAAUGGAGAGAGAAAUACGGUAAGAUGUAUACGUUUUCGCUGGGGGUGGCGCAGGUGGUGUACGUGACGGAUCCGGAGGUGGCAAAGGAGAUAACUCUGAAUACGUCGCCGGAGCUGGGGAAGCCAUCUUAUGGGCGGCAGGAGUAUGGCGCUCUGCUUGGUCAGGGCAUUGUGGCUGCUAAUGGCUCAUUGUGGGUUCACGAGAGGAAAAACAUUUCUCCUGAGUUGUACAUGGACAAGGUUAAGGUGGGGAUGGUGGGUUUCAUGGGGGAGGCAGCAAUGAAUAUGGUGGCGAAUUGGGAGAGGAAAGUGGACAGAGAGGGGGGAGCAACAGCAGAGAUAAAUGUGGAUGAGCAUUUGAGGACACUUUCUACUUUUGUAAUCUCAAAGACAUUGUUUGGAGACGACUACUGUGAAGGCCUCAACAUAUUUUCCAAGCUCAGCCAUCUUCAAGAGCUGUUGUCUACUCGAGCCACCCCCAUAGCCAUUCCUGGCUUAGCGCAUCUUCCAACAAAAAGCAAUAGAGAGAAAUGGAGACUAAAGAGAGAAAUCCAUUCAAUGAUAUUAAAGAUAGCUAGGGAUCGGAUGAAGGGUGAGCCAAAGAAUGAUCUGCUGCAGAAGAUCAUAGAUGGAGGCAGCAGAUGGGAGGAAGGGGCAGAAUGUGAACAAUACAUAGUGGACAACUGCAAGAAUGUGUAUUUGGCAGGGUAUGAGACCAGUGCUGUUGCUGCAGCUUGGACCAUCAUGCUUCUUGCAGCCCACCCAGAUUGGCAAGCUAAGGCCCGUCUUGAGGUCCAACAAGUUUGUGGCAACCAUGCUGUCCCUGAUGCCAAUAUGCUUACCAAGAUGAAACUGUUAACAUGUAUAAUUCAAGAAGCUCUGCGCCUGUACCCUCCAUGCCCAGUGGUGCCGAGGGAGGCCUUGCAAAACAUGAAACUAAAGAACAUUCACAUUCCAAAAGGGGUCACUGUUUGGCUCUCCUCAAUAGGCCUACACCAGGACCCCCAGCUAUGGGGACCUGACACCCACACCUUCAAUCCCCAAAGGUUUGCCAAUGGACUCCACAGUGCCACCAACUUCCCUCAGCUCUAUAUACCCUUCGGGGUUGGCCCACGGAUUUGUGCAGGACAAAACUUUGCCUUGGUGGAAAUCAAAAUGCUUCUCUCUGCCAUCUUAUCCAAGUUCUCCUUCUCUUUGUCCCCAAAGUAUCGCCACGCACCUGUGCGUAGGUUGAUUAUAGUGCCUGAGCAUGGUGUCAAUAUCACUAUAAAGAAGUUAUAA